UGCCGGCGGCCCGGGCGGGCUGGCAGCUAGAGUGGGUGCGAGAGCUGCCUCCACCGCCGCCGCUGCCACCGCCUCCUCCGCCCGGGCCGUUCGCUGCUGUGCGGGGAGAGCGAGGCGGGGCCGCCGGGGCCGCCAUGGAGCCCGACUCGGUGAUUGAAGACAAGACCAUCGAGCUUAUGUGUUCUGUGCCAAGGUCUUUGUGGCUAGGCUGCGCCAACCUGGUAGAGAGCAUGUGCGCACUGAGUUGCCUGCAGAGCAUGCCCAGUGUCAGAUGUCUCCAGAACACUUCAGUUAUGGAAGAUCAAAAUGAAGAUGAGUCCCCAAAGAAAAGUGCUCUUUGGCAGAUAAGUAACGGAACAUCAUCUGUGAUUGUCUCCAGAAAGAGGCCGUCAGAGGGGAACUACCAGAAAGAAAAGGACUUGUGCAUUAAGUACUUUGACCAGUGGUCUGAAUCAGAUCAGGUGGAAUUUGUGGAGCAUCUUAUCUCACGAAUGUGUCAUUAUCAGCAUGGACAUAUUAACUCUUACCUGAAACCCAUGUUGCAGCGGGACUUUAUCACUGCUUUACCAGAGCAAGGCUUAGAUCACAUAGCAGAAAACAUUCUUUCCUACCUGGAUGCCCGGUCCCUGUGUGCAGCAGAGCUGGUGUGUAAAGAAUGGCAGCGAGUGAUCUCAGAAGGGAUGCUUUGGAAGAAACUCAUUGAGAGGAUGGUGCGCACUGACCCUCUCUGGAAGGGACUCUCAGAAAGAAGAGGCUGGGAUCAGUACCUGUUUAAAAACAGACCCACAGAUGGCCCUCCCAAUUCAUUUUACAGAUCAUUAUACCCAAAGAUUAUCCAGGACAUAGAGACCAUAGAAUCAAACUGGCGGUGUGGACGACACAACUUGCAGAGGAUUCAGUGCCGCUCUGAAAAUAGUAAGGGUGUCUACUGUUUGCAGUAUGAUGAUGACAAAAUUAUCAGUGGCCUCCGAGACAACUCUAUCAAGAUCUGGGAUAAAACCAGCCUGGAAUGUUUGAAAGUGCUAACAGGACACACAGGCUCUGUCCUCUGCCUCCAGUAUGAUGAACGAGUCAUUGUAACUGGUUCUUCAGAUUCCACAGUGAGAGUCUGGGAUGUGAACACUGGAGAAGUUCUCAACACACUUAUCCAUCACAAUGAAGCUGUACUACACUUACGCUUCAGCAAUGGACUGAUGGUGACAUGUUCCAAGGACCGUUCCAUUGCUGUGUGGGACAUGGCUUCUGCCACCGAUAUCACUUUACGCCGUGUCCUGGUUGGCCACCGUGCUGCUGUCAAUGUAGUAGACUUUGAUGACAAGUACAUCGUGUCUGCCUCUGGAGACAGGACCAUUAAAGUGUGGAGCACCAGCACCUGUGAGUUUGUUCGCACUCUGAAUGGGCAUAAGCGAGGCAUCGCCUGUCUGCAGUACCGGGACCGGCUGGUUGUUAGUGGAUCAUCAGAUAAUACCAUCCGGCUAUGGGAUAUUGAAUGUGGUGCCUGUUUAAGAGUCCUAGAAGGGCACGAAGAAUUGGUCCGAUGCAUCCGUUUUGAUAACAAGAGGAUUGUCAGUGGCGCCUAUGAUGGGAAGAUUAAAGUCUGGGACUUACAAGCUGCUCUUGACCCUCGUGCCCCGGCGAGCACAUUGUGUCUGCGCACCUUGGUGGAACACUCUGGACGUGUGUUUCGGCUGCAGUUUGAUGAAUUUCAAAUCAUUAGCAGCUCCCAUGAUGACACUAUUUUGAUUUGGGAUUUUUUAAACGUGCCUCCCAGUGCCCAGAAUGAGACACGCUCUCCUUCCAGAACUUACACAUACAUCUCCAGAUAGCGGUCUGCACUUUGGCCCAAUCUGGGUUUUCUGGUCUUGAACUACUGGCUACAUGGCUAUCCCAUGCCUAAGGGAGUUCGUUCACAGCUGAGUUCUGGGCUGGACUUGGUUCUAGAUGCUGGGUAGACACAAAGCAGCCCCACUCUUCAAGCCCUGACAUUUCUCACCACGCCCAGCUCUACUUGGAGAAGGACAGCUUAGCUCACCGCUGCAAGUAGAGCAUCAGCUCACGCCCCUCCCUCAGUGAAGACCCCAGCGCUUCUGAUGCACAUGUUCUCGUGAAGGACACAUGGCCUGUAUGUUCUCCAGAAGCAGAGACCGUUGGGAGAAGCCCUGCCUCUAAUUUACAUCGCUUUGCGCCUUGGUUUGGCACUAAAAGCAGCCUUGCAUUCUUGGUGAAGUGCUGGGUGCCAAACACCGACCCAGAGUUUUCAGGGCGUUCCUCUCCAGCAGCAGCUUCUCCUUAGACCGUCAGUCACUGUUGUGCACAGGAAGGUGGCGGACAGUGGGCAGAUCUGGCUUAUCUAGGAUUUUUGGAUUACACUUCCUUUCUGUACCAGUUUCUUUUAAUUUAAAUAAUAAGCGAGUUAUAUUACCUCUCCACAGGUAAUACAGCUAUUUUCUUUUAUUAACUGUUCUCUGUUCCCCCAUCAUCUCCUGAUAUUUGGUAGAGUAACACCUUUAUCCGCGUGCUUGCCUCCUAAUUUAAAAUACUGUAUCCGCAUGUAGAUAUAAUGUACAUAACAAUUCAAGCUCAAGGUUGCCGGCCCGGCCCCCUGUGCCUGAGACACUACUGUGGAGCGUGUGGCACUUAGCCGCAGGUGGGCCGAGCACCUGACUCCAGGGUUGCUGUGAUUGCCUAGGACCUUCCUGCAGUAUUCAUUCGGGUUUUAUUAUUUGUGACUGUCUUUGUGUGCUCUGUGUUUUCAGCUGGAACUUCAGAAGUUUAACACGUGUAUUUGUUGUGUGGCAUCUGCAGUGGACAGGAAUCUUCACAGUCUCCAUGUACCUGUUCUUUUCCUCCUGAGAGCUAGUGCUCACCUCCUCAUGGUGAGCAUGGGCUUCUCUGUCCAACAUCUUUCUACAUGACAGUAACCCCGAGACAGGGAGUUGGUGGCCCUGUUGACAGGGCUCCCUGCACUCUGAUGGGGUAUUGGGGGUGCUGAGUUUGAGCCUGUGGAGCAGGUCAGCUGUUCAAAGCCCACAGUAAGGGCAAGGCACUCCUGUGUGGAGCACAGCCUCGGCCCUGUCAGCUCUGGUGUCACUCACUCACCUCUGUGUGAGAGUGGCACAUGGACAGGACAUUGGUCACCAUUAUCUCCCUCUUUCAAGAUUAGGUGUUGAUUUGCCCCUUGCCAUUGUUUUCAAAGGAAUGUCAGUCCAGUUUUAAAGGACCAAGCAGCCCUUCCCUGUGAAUGAAGCUUCCCAUGGAAGCACAUUCUAGGAGAGAGAAGGGCUCUGGGCUCCGCAUGUCCUGACAUUGUGAACGCUGUGGGGUUGGUGCAUAGGGGAUUUGUUUCCUGGGUAGGCUUUGCUUUUUAGUUGGUUUUUGUUUUGUUUUGUUUUGUUUUGUUUUUGAUAUGUCAUUCUCACAUGCUUUUAUGUUUGUUUCUGCGAGGUGGGGCCUUAAAUAGAAAGUAGGCCCCAGUCCAUAAUGGGAGUGUGAACACACCACCUCACAGCUUAUCACCCAUUUGACAGGAAUGCCCAGUGGAGGGGUGGGGGAGAAGGUGAGUUCUGAACAAUUGGACUUUUCUGUUGUUUUUGCAUGUUGAAUACAGAAGUUCCUGUCAAUCCUUGGGAGAUCAUGGCCUUCAAAUAUGCACACGACCUUUGAAUUGUGCCUACUAAAUUAUAGCAGGGGACUUGGGUACCCAAGGAAUUCCUAUUUCUGGGAUUACAGUAGUAGUUCCCAGUUGUACUCUGGACUUUAUUUUGCUAACCGUAAUUGAGCAACUGUAAAUUACUGCUAUAAUAAUGUGUUAAAGCACUGGGGUAGUCUAAUUCUAACUGGUAAUUAAUUAUGUUUGCCAAUUAUCUGUUUGAAAUAAAUAUGUGUCUGAACAGCUAUUGAAACUGUUAAAUUGUACAGAUAUUAUCAUGACGGCUUUGUACUGUGGAAUGUGCUUAAUAAAAACAAAAGUUUGACCUUUGUCCAACAAAUUGCUAAGUAAUGUCAAUAAAUCAAGAUGAGUAUUAUGCAGUACACCUGACCUGGCUUCAAUGGCGAUUGUUACUUCAGCUACUAAUUCAAAGCCAAUACUCUAAAUAAAGUGUUGCAGUACUCCG